CAUUCGCAGUCGCUGGCAACAGUUAACAUCCAGAAACGAAGACGAUUAGACUGAAAUAAGAGAGUAAUUAGUUCGAAUUCUUGCGAGGAUAUUCAUAAUACAAGUUAUAUUAAUUACAUAUAUGCAAUGAAAUUCGUACAGUUGAGUGUAGCUUUACUGCUGCUAUCGCUGGCAUGGGCUGAAGAGGCCGAAGAGCGUCAGGAGGAACUGCAUUUCGGCUUUCAGACAGAGAAUGGCUAUCAUCGGUCGGAGGAUAUUACCUACAAAGUCAAAGUGAAUCCGGAUCAACAGUUAACUGAACAGCCGGAGAGCGAGUCGACUCCCAAAUCUGUUGAGUAUCGCGGUGGCUACAGCUUUAUAUCGGCCGAUGGCUAUGAGUAUCAGGUGUUGUAUAAAGCGAACAAAAAUGGAUUUCAACCCUAUGUGACAGCGCACAAGGUGAAAUCGGCGAAGGAUAAAGCUUAAAGAUCUAAUAUGUGUAUAUACAAAAGUGUGAUCUACAAUAUUUAAAAUAAAAUCAGAUAUCCAUUAUCAUUAUACGAUA